GGCCACUUGCGUUAGUAAAAGCUUCUUAGUACUACUAUCGCUCACACUCAGUUAGAUUAUAAGCUGAUCAACAUUGAAAUAAACACUCCCGAACUACCUAAACACUUGAUUACUAUACUUCUGUAUUCGCACACGUCCAGUGCAAAGUGCAUCAUUCAAUGGUUGCUACUACUCUCCCCUCGAACGACUUUCGUGUCAUUAUAGUGGGAGGUGGCAUCAGUGGUCUGGUAACAGCACUCGCGGCCAGCCGAUUCGGCAUUCGUGUUGAUUUAUACGAACGAAAUACUUCUAUUAAAGAGUUAGGUGCUGGAGUUGCCAUCGGUCCUAAUGCGGCAGCUCUCCUCGAGAAACUAAGCGUUGGCGAGGUAUUAGAUAGCAUUUCUUCUCGCCCAGUGGACCGUGUCAAUCUCAUCUAUAGACAUCACGACACUGGGGAGGUCGGCUACACAGGAAAAUUGAACACUGCUAAACGUAGCUUCUACUGCCACCGUGCCGACUUCGUCCGAACGAUCGCCAGCUGCCUCCCCAGUGACCAGAUUCAUCUAGGCAAAUCCCUCAAAAGUAUUUCUCAGGACCCUCACUCUGUCACGGCCUUCUUCGAAGAUGGUACCUCGGUGACCGCAUCUGCCCUUAUUGGCGCAGACGGAAUCCGCUCAAAGGUGCGCCAAACUUGGAAUCAGGAGAAACCUAUUUUCUCAGGCCAGAUCGUCGUGCGAAGCCUCGUCAAAAUGGCAGCUCUCCCGCAAGAUGUUCAAAAUUAUUGCAAACACGGUAACGUCUGGGUCGCACCAGGAAAAAAGCACAUCGUGGCAUACCCCAUCCAGCGUGGCAAGACGGUAUGUGCCGGGGCUAUCAUUCCGGCUUUUGGGGGCAAGGAAUGGGAAGAGUCGUGGAAAGCGAGGGAUGAUGAGAUCGAUAUGGCGAACUUUAUGUCCGCCAUUGAGGAGUUUCACACGGAUCCCAAGACCAUGUUUCAGCUGGGCGAAAGCACGUCGAUUUUUGGGCUGUAUGAACGAGAACCGAUAACGAGCUGGAGGAAUGGAAGGAUACUGCUUAUUGGGGAUGCAGCACAUGCUAUGUUGCCCCAUCAAGGCCAAGGUGGCUCGCAAGCAGUCGAAGACGCUUAUGUUUUGGGCGUUCUGCUCGCUGCAGCGUCUAGCAGCCAUACGCCAGGCCUGAACAUUACGAACUGGUUUGAUGUUUUUGAGCAGAUCCGGAAGCCUCGUGCCGAGCAAAUAGCCAUUGAGAGUAGAGCAAUGGGUCAAGCAUUCGAUGAUCUUCAAUUGAGCGCAGAAGGAGUAGAUUUCCUGCGCAAAAGCUACUCAUGGGUUUUCAUUACUGAGGCCUUGGAUGAGUGUGAAGACCAGAUGAAGAAGUCUUUUGGGCCAAAUUCGGUUGAAUGGGAAAAUCUUCAGAAGAUUUUGGAGACGAGUCCAUGUAGGGAGUGGACCGAGGACUUAUCGACAUGGGUCUCAAAUCCUAGUCAGCAAAUGAACAUAUAGUACAUUAUGGUAUAUGGGAUAAGUUGUGUUACACCGCUUUUCUUUUUCCACCAUUAGAAUUAUUCUGCACACACAAACUGAUCCUAGCUAGCGAGUCCGGUGCGGCAUGACUGAUUCCAUAGUAGUGCAUCUCAAGUUAGUUAAAGAAUCACUUGUUACGAACUAUCGCGAAGUAACUAAUGUUGAUUCGGGAGAAGUCUAUUAAAAAACUGUUCACGCUUAUUAGGAAUUAUUGAGCGAAUGGUCUAUGAGUGAUUAUAUUGAUUGAACUGUUCAUUAUAAGAGAAUCCAGCUAGAGUAAGAUCAUUUUAUCCUUCGGGAUAUCGUCACGUGAUCGGUUUAGGGUGCUCACCCUCCAAUAUGCUCUCUGUAUCUGCGUUCGGCGAGUUGUUUGGGUGUUUAAUCACCUGCUAUGCAUCUCAGUAUCAGUCCACAGUAGGUGCCAGGGUAGUAUGGCUCGAUUGAAAAGCCGAAGUAGGGAGUGUCUCGUCAUCCAGGUUAGUGGUCGUAAUAGGUGACUAGGGUAGUACGGCUAGCUACGGGUACCCAUAGGUAUAGAUAGCUUAGGGAUGAAAAAAGCUAUACCUAUCAAUCAACGGCUGGCUGUAGAUACUAGUAUUUCAUUUUUAUGAGUCGAGUAAUUAAAGUGUGUGUAAUACAGGUAUUACUUAAUAAAUUCUAUUAGCUUAAGAUUUAGUUUUAUUA